CGUUACUCAUUCCAUAAACAGCUGUUCGGCAUUUGAAAAUCAAACUGGGAGCCGAGAUGUGGAUUGUGUACGCUUUGGUGGUACACGUACUGCUCCUGGGCUCCAUAUUUGUGAUUUACUUCCGCUCGCCGGUGAUCACGGGCCUGAAGCCGCAGAAGGAGCUUUUGUCGUACGGGCUGGAAGCUCCGGCGAAACGUCUUGUGCUCAUCGUAACGGAUGGAUUCCGCGCCGACUCAUUUUUCGAAAACAACUGCGCUAAUGUACCGCACUUGCGGGAGAUCUUUACGCGUGAGGGCUUGGUUGGAGUAUCCCGAACCCAUGUGCCCACAGAAUCACGCCCCGGACACAUAGCCCUCCUGGCCGGACUUUAUGAAGAUCCUUCGGCGGUGCUGCGCGGCUGGAAGAAGAAUCCCGUCGAUUUUGAUACGAUCUUCCAUCGAGUUGAGUAUGCCUACUCUUGGGGAGCCGGGGACAUCAUUGACGUGUUUGAAGGACUGUCCAACGGCAAGAAUAAGCACUUUCGAGCUUACACCCAGCAUCUGGACUUCUCGCCUGGAUACGAAACCUACCAGCUAGACGAUUGGGUCCUCAAAAAAGUUCAACUUCUGUUGGAAAGAAAAGGAAAAGUCUUACAAAGUGUCAAACCUGUGAUAUUUUUUCUUCAUCUUCUGGGACUGGAUACGGCCGGACACGUCCACAAACCUGGGACACCGAAGUUCCUCCAGAAUGUGGAAAAGACUGAGCGUGGCAUUUACGACAUUUAUCAAGAGUUCGAGAAGGUGUUUCCUGAUAAGCGAACCACCUAUUUACUGACUUCUGAUCAUGGAAUGACCGACUCUGGCUCCCAUGGCGCUGGUACGCCGCACGAAACAGACACCCCAUUUAUGCUGUGGGGCGCCGGGGUUUCUCGGGUAGCCCCCCAUCCUGGUCGGCGUUUCAAUUACAACGAAGGAGACAAACCAAUGCCCCUGCAUGAGGUGGAGCAGGCCCAGCUCACGCCUCUUAUGUCCUCCUUGCUUGGCGUUCCACCACCAAUGAACAACUUUGGUAUGCUGCCCGUUGGCUUCAUGAACGUCAGCUCGGAAUACGAGGCCACGGCUGCCCACGUCAAUGCUCUCCAGCUCCUGGAACAGUACACGAAACUCCAGCAGCAGCACAUGAAAGGACUCUUUUCGAAGAUAUUACCCGAGUUCCGGGCUCUUUCUACCCAGGCAAUUGGACGGUACAAAGCUAACUUUCUCACAUUCCACAAACGGAGGCAAUUUUUGGACUCGUUGGCCGCCAGCCAAUUGGUUAUGUGGGAGGCCUUGGAGGGCAUCGAUUACUACCACGGCUACUAUCGCAGGGUUCUUCUGCUGAGCACCACCUUGACGUUUUGUGGAUGGAUCUUCUACUUGUACCGACUGCUUUCCAACAAUCGAGCUAGCUUAUUGGAGGCGACACUGGAUAGAAGCAGCCGGUUGGUGCGACUGAGCCUGGGAAGCGCAUUUCUCAUCUUGGUACUGUUCCUAAUAGUGCAGCGGGCUCCGCUAGCUAUAUCUUUUUAUCUACUGUUACCGCUGCCUGUCUGGUUGAAAGCUCUGCAGCCAGGAAGUCCCAAAGGAUCCACCUCUGCCAGCCAGAACGUGUAUAGUUCCCUAACCGGUCAGACCACAAAGUGGCAGAUUCUGCUUAUCAUCGGUUGUGCCGAACUGAUGGUGUUUACCUUCUUUGAGCGGCGACUGAUAUCUUUGGGCUACGUGGCCUUCGCCUGCUACAAUGGAUGGAGCAACUUUCCAAAGAAGUCCACGGAGUUCUACACAUGGCUAGCUCUGGUAUUGGUGCUGGCCUGCUUUCCGUUGCUCCCCAUCCCUGUUGGCUACCAGAAUCGAUACCUUUUGCUGGCUGGAGUGAUUCUGAUACUCGCCAACGCGAUGUGGUCAGCGGAGAAGAGAAGGAACUACUACAGCAACCACACAAAGUAUUUAAACUCCUUGAUCCUAGUCAACACCAUGGUGUGCGCCUAUCUCCACACCAAUAUGAUAAACAUACCCGUGCCCCUGCAGAUUGCCAGCUGGCUGUUCCUGGGCUAUGCCUUCAUCUCCAUUGCGCUGAACAAGGAGACGCGACUGGAGGCUCGUCUGGCUCAGAUCGGAUUCAAUUUGGGCUCACUAUAUGCCACCCUGUGCACAUCCUACGAAGCAAUUUUCAUCCAGCUGCUCAUCAUCGAGCUGGGACUCUCGCUGAGUGCCCAGAACUCGCUGGAGGACAACUCUGUGCUCCGCCUGGCGUUCAGCCUGCUCCUCUACACAUUCUUUUCGUUCUUUGGAACCGGAAACAUUGCCUCCGUCAGCUCCUUCGAUCCCAACAUUGCCAGGUGCUUCCUCAGCCACUUUGCUCCGUUUGUGAUUAUGGGUCUGGUGCUGCUGAAGCUGCUGCUGCCGGUGGUGGUGCUAAUGGCUGUUGUCUAUGCCCAGAGCGAGUUCGUCCGCCAGCACGAGCAGCAGAUCUUCAUCUGCCUGCUAAUCAUCUGUGAUGUGAUGGGCCUGAACUUUCUGUUUUUGGUUCGCAACCAAGGCUCCUGGCUGGACAUUGGCUCCUCCAUAUCCCACUUUGUCAUCAUGGAGGUGACCACACUGGUACUCCUCCUUCUUGCCUAUGCGGCCAAGCUGCUACUGCACCUCAUUCCCUGCGAGGGAAUUGCGUCCAAGUUGCGUUAGAAUUAAAUUUUUUAAAUUAUUUGUAAAUUAAUAAAAAAAGAGGAAACU